AUGACGACGACGACGAUCAAAACUUUGAAUACUCUAAAUCAUUCUUGUUCUUCUUACGAUGAUGUUGUUUUCAGAAGAUCACAAAAAUUAUCAUCGCGUAAGCGAAGAAUCUCUCGAUCGUUUACUCCUCGUGCAUCAUCAUCAUCAUCAUCAUCAUCAUCAUCGUCAGAUGAAAAAGAAAAAAAUGUAAACAUCGCUUUAGUGGGUCAAGAGACGUCGACCGGGAAACUCGUGAUGGGACUCUCCGCUGGACGAGGGAAUAAUAAUAAUAAUAAUACUAUUUCCGUGGUGUUUGGAGAGAAGAUGGAAAAUUCAGAGACGAUGACGGAAGGGAUGGAUGCGCAGACGUUUGAGAAGCGGUUUUAUUGCACCAAGGAACAGUUUGCGAAAAUAUCUACUUUUGCGAGCGAGAGGAGCGCGUCGACCGUCUCGGCGUCCUCAACGACGACGACGUAUAUAUUCUGCCACGAGUCCGGGGCGAAACAGAUGAAAGCGAUGAAAGAUUUAAAAGCGAUGAAGAUUGUAAAUAGCGGGGAAGUUGAUGAUAAGUGCGUUUUAUUAUCGAGAGUAGGGAUCAAUCGAAAAGAGAAAGCGCCGUUCAAGACGCAAAACGAACCGUAUCAACAAAGAGAAACCGUGCAGAUUGGACAAAUCGCGUUACCAAUUGGAAAUGCGGUUGGGGAACCUAUUAUUGGGACUUUGGACGGCUACGAGCAAAGCGAAGAGUUCGCGAAGGAAAUUUUCGGAGCGGAAAACGUAACCGUCGUGAGAUCCGGGGAGUUACGAGGCAACGGGCCUCUACUUCUCGCGGAUUUGUCCGCGCGACUCGUCGACAACAUGUACGACGUGAAAUUCCAAGACUUGUACGUGUUUCAAGGCGACAGUCAACAAGGGUACACGAAGAGGCUAAACUUGGCGCAAACCUUAGUUCGCGUCGCCGAAAAUUUUUCAUCAUCCGCGAACCGAGAUAUCUCCGUGUUAUCGGUUAUCUGUAAAACCGUUCCCAUCGUGGGUGAACAAACGCUUUCCCAGCCGACCGAUCGAGAGAGAAGGAAAGGGUACGACAUGAGUAAAGGUAUCGCCCCUUCGCCCAUCGAUAUCAACACCGUAGAUUCUUUGCUCGCCAAUCCUAAAUAA